UUUGAACAAUUUAUAGAUUGCGAUUUCAGCGAAAGUUUCAAGCAGCCUAAAAUCCCAUUCUCUGACCAUAUUUUUCCGUCUAAUCGUAGUUUGAUGAAUAGACACGAGGAGAAAAUGGAGGACAGCAGCCGGGGUGAAAGUUUAUGCAAAGUUUGCGGCGAUAAAGCAUCGGGCAAGCAUUAUGGAGUACCAAGCUGCGAUGGAUGUCGCGGCUUCUUCAAGCGGUCGAUCCGCAGGAAUCUAGACUACGUUUGCAAGGAAAAUGGCCGUUGCAUCGUGGACGUUUCACGUCGCAAUCAGUGCCAGGCAUGUCGUUUUACCAAGUGCCUUCAGGUCAACAUGAAACGAGAUGCGGUUCAACACGAAAGAGCUCCACGGAACACGUCAUCUUUGGUCACGGCAACAAGGAGAGGUCCUUCAGGACUAUAUCCAGGAAUCCCACAUGUUUACCACGCCACAAGCAACCCUUAUCAUCCCUUGUUAUAUCCUGCGUUGUUCCCUUUUAAACCGACAGUCUCAGCCUUCACACCAUCAGUCGCACACUUUCUGCCACGAUCGCCAACAGAAUCGUUAACAGUGACAACAGCAAAGGAAGACGAAGUUACGAGUUCCGAAGAAGCUGGAACGAUCGACACAAGAACUGAACCAAAAGAGGAAUUAACGAGUAGCCGGUUAGCACCACCGAUCAUCAACUCUGCGUCCUCAGAAUACAUGACUAAUUUUUCCAUCCUACCUACGGAGAAUAUUUACGAAUUUGCAGCAAAAUUGCUCUUCUUUGCUGUCAGAUGGGCGAGAAGUAUUCACUCAUUCUUACAAUUGCCCUACAGAGAUCAAACUAUCCUCCUGGAGGAAUCUUGGAGCGAACUCUUCGUACUGACAGCCGCUCAAUGGAACUUCCCAGUCGAAGAGACAACUCUAGUACCUAAUGAUUUGUUAUCAGAAAGAAAAGAAGUGCUAGUCGAUGAAGUGAGGAGGCUGCGGGAACUGUUAGGGAAAUGUGCGCUACUCAGAGUUGAUCAUUCCGAGUACGCUUGUUUGAAAGCCAUCGUUCUUUUUAAAGGAGAAGCAAGAGGACUCUGCGAGCCAGGAAGAGUAACAGCGUUGCAAGAACAAACGGUAGCUGUGUUCUGCGAAAGGGAUGCACGAAGGGUUGGAAGACUUUUAUUGCUGUUACCCCCGGCUCGCGCACUCUGUCGAUCAACCCUGCAAGAACUGUUAUUCAAACCAACAGUAGGGGAUGUUAGCGUGGAACGGUUACUAGGAGACAUGGUUAGCGCUCUCAGACCGACAUAACGCGAAAUCCUACUCGGUCGAUAUCGCAUUUCCAAAUGAGGCAAACUACGACACAGACGAGGUAUCUCUGACAUCUGACGUAUUUUUCUGUCCCCAAUUUUUGGGAUUCUCUCGAAUUUACGGGGCUACAAUCUCGAAUAUGUUGUUCAACGAGAAAGGUAUUAGACUUUUCGUUCAUUACGUGAUUAACAAAUAUUCCAUAGUCAAAAAUAACAGUCAAUGUUAAAAUAUCUUUGAAGAUUUAUAUCUAGUUACUUAAGGUCAAAUCAUUGAUUUGUUCAGAUUUUUCACUGGGUCAAAUAGAUUCUUCAGAGUCUGUUGUGAACUAAGACCACGAUUUUUAAUUGCAUUUCAAAAUACACACUCUGGAGCGUAGAUUUCUUAUCUUAUAUUCUAUCAUAAAGAUAGAAUUAUUUUUUCAUUGUAUGUUUUAUGUAUAUUAUUCUACAAGUAUUCUAUAAUUAUUCUGUUCUAUAUAUAAAGCUAGAGAGACAUUGGAUGUUGAGAAUUAGUUUCUCUCGUUGAACAAAUUAUGGAGCUCCAUUUCAAAUUUUUGUGAUACUAACAAUCUUAUCUAAAUACUGUCCGUGGUUGAAGAACAAAAUAAUAACAUACUAACUAUUACCUGAGAAUGUUCAAAUCUCAAGGUCGGCAUGGCAGCGCCUCGUAUACAUCGUCUGUGGUUACAGUUUAAUCGCCCACAAUUCAAAUUCGGUUUUCAACGAAUAAUUCUAUAUAGUUAUCGCGGAUCAUCCCGCAUUCGUUUUAUAAAGUUGCAUAUAUCAAUUACUUUAGUGUCGGUAAAGAAGAUUCCUUGUAAAGGUCGAACCUCGACGCAAAUGUCCAAGUAUUAACCCGUUCAAUAUCAGUGUUUUACAAAUCCUCAGGAAAUACAAUUUCUUCUAGUCAUAUCUUGUUUUUUGUUAUUAGAUAUGGAUCUCAUUUUUCCACCUCAAAUUUCACCUCAAAAAAUUGGAUCUCAAUUUUUCAGGUGGAAUUUUUAUGGCGGUAAUUUUAAAUGUACGAACUUUUUAAAUCUACAAAUUCUCAAGUUCACAAAUUCACGAAUCCUCAAAUUACUUCGUAAAAAUAAUUUAAUUUAAAUACGAACCAGAUCGCAACUGGUCUCGUUUUAUCCGAAGGAACAUUAAUGUAUUAAAAUUCAUGUUACAAAGGUGAAAUUAAAAUUACUGAUUGUUAAUUACUCGUGUACUAAUUCCAUUAGUGAUAAUAAAAUCGUACAUUAUAAAAAAAAGGUUCACGUUUAUCUCUACCAAGUACCAAGCAUAUAAAAAUCCUUUGUAUUGUGGUUUAUUGCUUCUGUACUACAAUUAAUUAUAAAUAAAACUUCGAAC